AUGAGCACGGGAGCCAAGAAGCGGAUUUUGAAGGAGUAUGGCGAGUGCAUGAAUGACAUGCCUACGGGCAUGACGAUCAACUUUGAUGAGAAGAACAUGACCAAGUGGGAAGUUCUGAUGGAGGGACCGGAACAGUCGACGUAUGCUGGCGGUCAUUUUAAGCUCGAAAUCACAUUCCCGACCGAUUACCCUUUCAAGCCACCGGUCGUAAGCUUCCGCACCAAAAUCUACCACCCCAACGUCAGCAACGACGACAAAGGGUCCAUGUGCUUGGGCUUGCUACGGCCAGAGGAGUGGAAGCCUCCGAACAAGGUCGUGUCCGUCCUCCGCCUGAUCCAAACGCUACUCAUUGAGCCCAAUCCCGACGAUGCUAUUGAGCCCUCGAUUGCCAACGAGUAUCGCGAGAACCGCAAGGAGUUUGAGAAGAAUGCAAAGGACUGGGUCAAGCGUUAUGCAAAGUGA